AUGCCGGUUGGUACGUGGAGACGGGAGGCAAAAGACGAUAUGGCGGCCGGAGCAAGGGCUGGAAAGGAGAGCGAGAAGAUGGAGAAGAUGCGAAUGCAACAAUGGCUCUUCAAGGUGACCACGUGUUGGGGUCAAGAUGAAAGUGUGGAGGAGGAGAAGAGGAGACAUGCGAAAUGGGUUUUUUGUCGA